AUGACAGGCGCGAACAUCAACGAGUCGGAGCCGACGUCAGGGACGACAGCGUUGCACGUCGCCAGCAAGACCGGGAGAGUCGACAUCGUCCAGGAUCUGAUUCGCAACGACGCGGACUUGGAUGCCCUCGACCUAUCGCGGUGGACUCCGCUGCAGUAUGCCGUCUUCAACAACUACCCUGAUGUCGCUAGGGCUUUGUUGGAUGCCGGCUGCAACACCGCGGGGAUCAAGUUUGACUUCAAAUCCAGAGAGGCGAAAGACACCAUGAAGCCCCUGCUCAUCGCGUGCAAGAGGAGAUCCGAACAAGUACAACCUGAGCGAGAAAUAGUCUUUACGCCGGCCAUGGCGGCGGCGCCACCAGCACGAGCAGCCGUCGAGGUAGCACCGAACCCACCACCACCGCCGCGGCUAAGUGCGGGCAGUGUCGGCAGUGGCACGAGCGUGGGAGAGUGGGCCCGAAGAAUCAACGUAGACGAAGAGACCCUUCGAUCUCGCGACGGGAUGGAGCGAUGGAUGCAAGAAGGGGGCUUGCAGGGUUACACGCAGAAAUUUCUGGAUGAAGGAUUCUCUUCCCUGUUCUUCCUCGUGAGCAACGUCGAGAAACAGGAGGUCGCCACGUUUUGCAAGAACAUCGGCAUGUUGCCUGUGCACCAGAAGCAUUUUCUUCAGAGGUGGGAUGACCUCGCGGUCCAGUCUCCGCCAGAGAACGCAGGUCGCGGCAACGAUCCUGAAGCCUCUGCACCUCGAGGAGAGGGAAAACGCAGGGAAGAAACGCAGCAGCGAGAUGACGCGGCAGUGGCGGACUCGGUCCGCGCACGUCUCUUGAAGUGCAAGAAUCUCGCGGUUCUUGACGUGAACACGGAGGGCGGCAAGAAGGUGACUACUCUCCGGGACAAGGUGUGCCAGCUGCAGGAAGCGCUGCUGGAUCCAACUUACCCCAAGGCUUACAUCAAGCAGCGGCUCAGGACGUGGGCGGUGAGCGCAGCAACUGUGGUGCAGGAUCUGCACCGGGCGGGCGUCGUAUGGGGCAGCGUCAGACCGGAUACGUUCAUCGUCAAGUCGGGAGACACGCCUUUCCCGGUCUUGCUCGCCACAGACUUCAGUCGCGCUGCAAUCUCCCCCAACGCUAAGGGACAAGAAAAGCAAGGGGUGGAACUGGUCCCCUUGUUCUCCCGCGGUGAGAUUAGGGGAGAACUCCCUCACGUCGAUCACCUCAGAUACAUGGCCCCAGAAGUCUCGCGAGCGAUGCUCGAUGGCGAGAGCUACAUUACCGCUGACGAAGCACAAGAUAUCUGGUCUCUGGGGAUGCUCAUAUAUGGCAUAGAAGCCGGACACGAGUACCCGUUUAGAGGCCUGUCGGCGGCAGAGGUACAACGUAGUGGUGCUGGCAACGACGGAGUCACGGCUGCAUGCGCUCCGCCGUCCCCGAAAUGGGGUUCAUGCCGGAGGGCAAGAGGGUCCAUGCUGGCCUUGGCACAACGCUCGUACAUCACCGCUAACGACACGGUUAUGCUUCGAGCUCAAAACCUGGACUUUCAGCCCGUCAUCGAGCACGUCAAGGAAGUGAAGCGGGAGAUAGAGGGCCUCAGGCAGCAGUUUUCGCUGGCGUUCGAUGCUCUCAGGGACGACUUCCUGGUGGCGAACGCAGCAUCGGUGCACGCGCUGAAGGGCGAGAUGGGUCAUGUUGUCGGCCGCAUUGACGGCAUGGCCGCGACGAUCGGCAGUAAUCGCGAGCUGGAGACAGGCAGGAUAGACGGUGUUCGAGAGGAAAUGCAGCUCCUGGCAGGAGCUGUGCAAGAACUCUCCGAGAACUCCCAAGCAUCGGCGAGACCUCUUUGCGAGAUGGUGGAUCAACUAGACCGCUACAACGAGGAGCUAGCCCGGCUCAACAGUGGCGAUGAAGGUGCUUCCGCCGCAAACCUCAGAGAAAUGUCGACCGCGAUACAGGGCAUGCAGCGCGCCAUGUCACAGCGCUUCGCCAGCAUCGAGAGCACCCUUGAUGAGCACGACAAAAAGCUGAGCGCGAUAAUGUGGGGAGUCAGCAGGACCGCCAACGUCGUAGACCAGCUCAUUACAGGGGACGCACGCUGCCCCAAGCUCCUCCUGAUGGUUCCAGAGGUCAAUCAAAGGUGGAAGCGUGGCCUGAUGCCUUUAAAACCUAGCUGGUGCCGGAAGGAGCGCACCAACAUGCUGUUCUUGUGCGCGUACAACCUUCAUCCGGCCCACUGCGGCCCCAAGGGCAAGGGUUUUACUGUCAAAACGCCAAGCCGUCAGAUGCAACGAUGGACGCCCGCUCUGAAGGCGUCUAUCAUGGUGCUCAAGUUGGCCGCUGCAGUGACACGUGUUGUGACCGGCCUCCCCAUUCCGAUUGGGGUCAACGAAAUGACUGAGGGCAUGGCCUUUGCCGUGUUGGCAGACCUAGAAGAAGAGUAUGCUAGAGCUGCCGGAGAGAGUUCACUCGGUGGCGAAGUAGGCGGGAACAUCGAAGAGCUGUUCACUUCACUGCAAGAGGAGGAGGACCAGACAACCAGCCGCCAGGUACAGGGCGCACGACGCCGGGUAUCGAGGACACCACAACAGCUCCAGGCACAGACGAAGUACGUGGUGCGUGCUACGGGAGACGCGUACGAGAAGGUCGUCGCCUUCCUCGACGAACACUAUUCCGGAAGGUCGGGGAGGAGGGAUUGGCGACAAAUGCUCGGCCUGCAGCCGGUCGCUCAUCCGCUUACGGGAGACGUGGCCUGGGUCUGCGAUCGGCACCGCCAUGCUUACUUGGCGCGCGCCGCAUCGUCGUCUGCAACGCAAGCCACCCCCGUGUGACCUUAACAUCUUGUUAACGGUGUUGGUUUAGAGAGCAGUACGAGUGCGGUUCAAUACGAUGUUCUUGAGAUCGGGGGAAAAGAGGAUGGGACACGUCUAUUGACAAGAUUGAUUGCCUCUCACGGCUCACUACACGAAGACACAGCCAUUAUUGGUGUUUUUGGUUGGUAAUUUUUAUACACUGUUUAUUGCUGCGGUUCUCUGGUGGAGGAAGAAUAGGCUGGCAGCGUUGAGGAUUCCGGGUGACCACACGCAUGCAAUUUCGUUCGGUUCGUAGGGAGUGCUGCUGUCGGAGCGGCAUGACUCUAACCCUGUGAUGCCGUUCAGUUGGUUGGACCCGAAGAGCGAUUUGUUACGCCUCACGCGCCACAAUCAACGUGCAAUGGUCACGGACCGAGACCGACCAGGCGUGGAAGCCAGGAGGGAACGAUGCCGACCACCUCGCGCGACGGGCCGGGGACAUCGGCGACGUCGGAAAACUCUAGCCUCGAACAACGAUUGAUACCCUGUAGACUAUUUCCGUACGCUGCGCGGUGUGGCCCACGACGAGGUGGUUAAUUAUGCCAUUUUCCGCAGGAACAAGACAUACCACCCC